AUGGAUAAGAUCAUUAAAGAUAUCUCGCGAGAUUAUAUGUCAAAAGACAAGACAUAUACCGACCUUAACGAAAUCAUCGAGAAAUGCAUUUAUUGCAUGCUUACCGUUGAAGGAAUGAAAAAUUUAAAUUUAUUAAAGCAAUUUCAAUCACAAAAUCAUCCUGAUUCCAUGAAGAGAUUACUAGAGAUUGCAUUAAAAACAAAUAAUUCAUUAAAAGAACUUCCAUUAUACACUGAAUUAAAAACAAUUGAAAUUCCACGAUAUAGAUCAGAUAUAUUAUCAGCUCUUUCAAGCUGCGAUGCUUUAGAUCAGUAUUUUACUCCAAAACUUAAGCAAGGAUGUUCAGAAGACUUGUUUAUGGUUAUAAUGUUGUUAUCUACGUUUCACAUGCGUGUUAUUGGCAAAAUGCCAAAGAACAUAAACUGGUCUCUCUUCAUGAAUGAGAUGUCCAAUAGAAUUAACCAAUAUAUGCCUUUAGAAACCAUUUUAUCUUUUGUAGAUUUUUUAGAUUCAUGUGUCAACUUUAUAGACAAUCCAGAUGCCGAAUUACUUGGUGCGCAGUUUCAAUUUGCGCUUCUUAAAAACAGUAAUUUCGAAAUAAAAAGAAGAUUUAGCGAAUUCGAACAAGAACAGAUCGAAUUAUACAACGAACAGCUUCCUUUUGAAAAGAUUUUUAAGCUUACAAUUGAAAAUUCAAUAUAUUACAUCAGUAAUCCAUCAAAUCCCAACUUUUUACUUCAUUUACGAAUUGUUUUGAAUGUUUUACAGAUUUGUGUCAAUGUUACAUCUCAAAAGAGUGUUGGAAGAGCAUUAGCAACAUACUUAGCCAUGUUUCCUCAGCCAAACAACUCAUAUUUCAGCAUAAUAAUGAAUCAUAAGAUUCCAAGGAACAGAUACACAAGAAGAUCAAUUGGAAUAUACAAUAGACUAUACAGAAAUAUUAUUUUCUGGAUGAGUAAUGGUGGUUCUGCUUUAGAUAAUUUUGAUAGAAAUAAUUGUCAAGAAUUUAUAGAAUCUACUGGAUUAGACAACCCUUACAUUGAUGUACAAUACAUAUUAGACCUUCUUUCUGGUAAUUUAUUCAUUCCAAGGAUAGUUUUGAGUUUUUUAGAUUUUAUUACAUACGCGACAACGACUUUUAUACUGUUUAAAGAGACAGUUGCCUUAGAUAUAUGGGAAGACAUCAGGCUCUGUUUGAUUCAAGACAAUUUGGCCGCAGGACAAAUAUCAAAAUGCAAAAUUUCGGGAAAUUACGGAAAUAUUUGGGUAAAAACUGAUCUUGAUACCGAUGAAAAGACUGUACUCCUAUUAAAUGUUGAUGGCGAUGUUGUUCGUGAGAUUUCUUUCGUUAAAAUUCUUCAAAAAAAUGGAAAUUCAUAUAAAAUUGACUUUUUGUCAAAAAGUGACGAUCUUAAUUACAACAUCAUUUAUGUUUUAGAUCCAGCGAAGAACACUUAUUACUCGACACUCCAAAAUGCCGUGAAUUUAUUAAAAUUCAGUUCAAAUUUACAAAAAACCGUUUUGUCACAAAUUUGGAUUGGUUCUGAAAAUGUUUCCGAAGUCGGACGUCUUCAAUCCAGUUUAGAGUACAAAUAUCUUCCAGACGUAAUCAAUUUCGGAGGCUGUUUGACACCAGACAAGUUCAUGCAAGUUUGUUUGGACAUUAAAAAUAUUUUUGGUAAAUCUGUCACUUUUUCUGUAGAAAGUGACAUUGAAAAUUCUGUCAAAGCUAAGAUUCCUAUUAAUUCCAAGUUAGUAGAUUUACAGUAUUCGCAGUAUCCUUUGAGUUGUGUUGACAAAGACAUAAAAUUAACGAGAGAGCAGCAAUUAUCAGUAAUUUCUAGUAUUUUCUUUCCAUUUUCUUUGAUUCAAGGACCUCCUGGAACAGGAAAGACACAAACAAUGCUUUCUAUCACUCGUGUUCUCGCAGCAAACUUAGGAAUUGUUGGUUUCGAAGAAAAAAAUAAUAAAAAAGUGACAAAAACAGGAAAAUCAACACAACCGAAUUCUAAUGAUGAAAGAAUUCUUAUUUGUGCACAUUCCAAUGCCGCUCUUGAUCAAAUGCUGACUGAAUUAGACAAAUCAGAUCUCGAUGUAUUCAGAUUCGGAAGAAAAGCAACUGAAGAAGCUAAAAAACUGACCGUUGAAGGCAGAGUUUAUUCAAUUGUACAAAACAUUAUUGAUUUGUUCCAAAAACAUGACAUGAAUGAAGAAACAGAUGUUGUUGGUGAUAUUGUCACUUUUUGUAAAAAUUUGACAUACGAAAACAUUUUUGAUGAGAUCCAAGAAUGCCAAGAAAUUGAAAACUAUGCAGAUAUUGUUACUAGUUAUGGAGAAGAAUUCGAUGAUGAAACAAAAACUGGUUUAUUCCAGAUUUCGAAAUUAUUAAUUUUCAUUUCUCAAAAAAGAAGAGAUUUAGUUGAUUAUUAUACAUCAGAGAUAGGUAUAAUUGGUUGUACAGUGUCUUUUGCAACUCUAAAGGUUGAAAUGCUUUCAAAAUUAAAUAUUAAAACUGUAAUUGUUGAAGAAGCCGCAAAAAUUGUUGAAACAGAAAUGAUUUCGUUCUUAUUACUUAAUCCUGUAAGGUUUAUUUUGAUUGGCGACCAACAACAAUUAAGUCCUGUUGUUAAAUGCGAUGAUGUUAGAUUGCAAGGUCGUUUUGACAUGUCAUUCUUCGAAAGACUGUUAAAUUCAGGCAUUGCGCCAAUCCAGUUGACAUAUCAAGGCCGAGCAAAGUCAGAAAUAUGCAAUUUGUACAGAAAUAGAUAUGCCAGAGAAUUGAAAGAUCUAAAAAGUGUCAAAAAAUUGAGAGAAUUUGAAUGUUUGGAUUAUAAUUUACAAUGGAUAGAUGUACCUAUUAAAAGAGGUGGUGAAAUGACUAAUGAUGCAGAAGCUGAAUGUAUUUGUUAUGUCUUGCAAAUGCUCUUUGAAAAUGGUGUUGAUUUAAAUGAUGUUUCCGUUAUUACACCAUAUAAAAAUCAAAAAUUUAAUUUGAUUGAUUACAUUCAAGAAUCAUCGUAUGUUCCAAGAGAUAUAUGCACUGUUGAUGAAUUUCAAGGCCUGCAGAAUAUCAUUGUCAUUCUUUCGCUCGUCAGCCAAUCUCCAAGUGUUUGGUUGAGAGAUGCAAGGAGAAUUAAUGUUUCAUGUUCAAGAUCAAGAUCUGCUUUCUUGAUUUUCGGAAACAUGGAAGGAUUCAGAUCAACAAUUGAAUGGGAAAGUGUUGUUAAUAUUGCAAAUGCAGUCACUGGAGGAGGUGGCUUCUUAUUUGCAAAUGGAAGGAAGAUAUCUUAUGAUCAGAUGUUAUUAGAGUAA